GGGGUGGUGCUCCCCGAGAGUUUCCUGCGCCCUCGCCCAUGUUCACAUUCGCUUUCUUUUUCCUGCAAGGCUGUUGAGUGUCUUGGGGUACCGCGUGGCUCCCGCGUGGCUCUUGCGCAUUUUCCAGCCCCGCGGCCGAAAGACCACUCUGAAGAAAGAUGCUGACUAUCGGAGACUUGCCUGAACGUGUCCUGCUGGAGGUGCUGGCCCGGGUACCAGCGAGGAACCUACUUUGCAACUGCCGGCUGGUUUGCUCCCAGUGGCGACGCCUGGUGGACGACCCUGAGCUGUGGAAGAUUAAGUUCCAGCGAAAGAGCGGACCCGAGACCCAAGAGUCGAAGGCUUUCUUCAUUUACUCCCACAGGGAGAAGAACUUAAUCAAGAAUCCUUGCGGCAAAGAGGGCCUGGACUCCUGGGCGAUGAGGGUCCCUUCCGAGGGCCACUGGAAAACCGAGGAGCUGUCCGAGGAGGAUUUGGCAGCCCUCCCCAUGGAAAGUUUCCUCCAGAGGAAUUCCUACGCAAAAAAGAAAGACUCCUCCCCACAGUGGGUCAACAGAUGCUUUGCUGCAUGUGACGGGCUCUGCAGCAAGGCUCAGCUCAUCAUCCUGAAGGACCUUGGGUACUGGGACGAGCUGAUAGAUGAAGCCAGACCUAACAUCGCAGUGAAUGAAUACUAUUAUUGUCCCCCUGGCAGCCGCUAUCAACUUAGUGUGAAGCUGUUGGAUGCAGACUUUCAGCUUCUCCACAUCCUCCAUACGGAAGGGCGCGGUUCGGAAGCUCCACGCUGGCGUCGGAUUUCGCAAGGGAUUAUCGAAUGCCGGGUUGGACUCCGCUACAUCCUCUUUGAACACCUGGCUGUAAACGGGAGCGGCCAGCCGCCCGAGAACAGCGUAAGAGUCACCAGGAGCAGCGUCACUCUUGGGCCAUUUAAUUGGGAUGAAGACUUCAUAGAGCCCUUUCCCAACUCAGAUGACGAAGAUGGCGCUAGUGGCAGCGGAUGCAACUGGUGAGGACCCUCCCCCCGUCUUCUUGCAACCAAUAAAGGGGAG